AAAAAUACCUCAAGCUUGGGUUCCCUGUGGCUUAGACUCUGCCCUGCGAGGUUACCAUUCACAAAAUGGUGGCCGUCUGUGUGUUUGUAAAAGGUAUGAUGGGUAGAGAAUGAAACGAGUUAAAGCUGUGAGAGACAAUUUACACGAAGUAGUUAGACGCGGGAUGUCUGUUGACGCUAUUAUCCCUGAACUGUCAAAGUUCCUGCAUGAUGAUCCUUAUAUACAACCUUAUGUACAAGAAUUAGAGAGAAGAUACAAAUGCUUUCAAACUAUCAAAAAAGACAUCGAACAGUACGAGGGAGGCUUAGAUGCAUUCUCUAGAGGGUAUGAAAAGUUUGGAAUUAAUACCACCCCUGAAGGACAGCGAUACCGAGAAUGGGCACCAGGGGCUCAUGGUGUUUUCUUGAUUGGUGAUUUUAAUGAUUGGAAUAGAAUUUCUCAUCCAUGUAAAAGAAAUGAGUUUGGUGUUUGGGAGCUUGAUAUUCCUUGUAGACCUGAUGGUACACACACAAUUCAACAUGGAAGCAAAGUCAAGGUUGGUAUUCAGYUACAAUCAGGUGAAAUAGUAGAUCGUAUAUCACCCUGGAUUCGGUAUGCUGUCCCCCCUGAAGACAAUAUUCUCUAYGAAGGGAUCCAUUGGGACCCACCACAGCCUUAUCAGUUUAGAAAUAAAAGACCAGGACGUCCAAAAAGCUUGAAGGUCUACGAAGCACAUGUAGGGAUUGCAUCAAUUAAACCACAGGUUGCAAGCUACAAACACUUCACCAAAAAUAUCAUUCCUAGAAUCAAGUUCCUUGGUUAUAACUGCAUUCAGUUAAUGGCWGUUAUGGAGCAUGCUUACUAUGCUUGCUUUGGAUACCAAGUCACAAACUUYUUUGCUGCAUCAAGUCGRUAUGGGACUCCUGAAGACCUAAAAGAACUGAUAGACACUGCACAUGGACAAGGAAUUAUYGUCCUGCUUGAUAUUGUACAUAGUCAUGCCGCUAAGAACGUCAUGGAUGGGCUGAAUGAGUUUGACGGCACGCAGAGCUGUUAUUUUCAUGAUAGUGGGCGUGGCACACAUUCUCUGUGGGAYAGUCGACUAUUUGAUUAUACAAAGUGGGAGGUUCUUCGGUUUCUUCUGUCCAAUCUCCGUUGGUACAUGGAAGCAUACCAAUUUGAUGGGUUCAGGUUUGAUGGAGUCACAUCCAUGAUUUAUCAUGACCAUGGCUUAGGACAUGGUUUUGGUGGCGGUUAUCCUGACUACUUUGGACUUGGUGUGGAYACCGAGUCACUAAUUUACCUUAUGCUUGCCAAUGAGCUGAUUCAUUCAGUUUACCCAGACGUUGUUAGCAUUGCUGAGGAGGUGUCUGGAAUGCCUGGUUUGUGUAGACGUAUAUCAGAAGGUGGUAAUGGAUUUGAUUACAGACUGGGUAUGGCAAUCCCUGAUAUGUGGAUAAAGAUCCUUAAAAGCACCAAAGAUGAAGACUGGGAUAUGUUCAACAUAUUCUUUGUUUUGACCAAUAGACGRCAUAAUGAGAAGACCAUAGCUUACGCUGAAAGUCAUGACCAAGCCUUGGUAGGAGACAAGACACUAGCUUUCUGGUUAAUGGACAAAGAGAUGUACACACACAUGUCAACUCUGACGCCUCUGACGCCGGUCAUUGACAGAGGAAUAGCAUUGCAUAAGAUGAUAAGACUUAUAUCUUGUGCACUUGGUGGAGAAGGUUACCUUAAUUUCAUUGGAAAUGAAUUCGGUCACCCAGAAUGGCUUGACUUCCCAAGAGAAGGCAACAARAACAGCUAYCACUAUGCACGYCGUCAAUUCAACCUCGUUGACGAUGACCUACUGAGGUAYAAGUUUCUUAACAGAUUUGAUUCUGCUAUGUUACAUGUUGAGGACAAGUAUGGCUGGUUACAUUCUGAACAGGCUUACGUCAGUAACAAACAUGAAGGUGACAAGGUCAUAGUGUUUGAACGCUCACGACUUUUGUUUAUAUUUAAUUUCCACCAUGAGAAAAGCUUUGCAGACUACCGUGUAGGUACAGCCAUUGCUGGAAAAUAUCACAUUGUUCUUGAUACUGACAAUGAACAUUUUGGUGGGCAUAAGAGACUUGAUCCAAGUUGUGAAUAUUUUGUUGAAAGUAAGCCAUGGCAUGAUAGGCCUUUCUCAUUGUUGGUUUAUAUACCAUGUAGAACAGCUUUAGUACUAGCACCAGAAGAUCCAAAAUGAACAAAAUAUAGUUAUUGUGUACUAUGUUGUCUUAUGGAGUGUACAUUAAAAUGUAUUGGAAUUUUUAAAAAUAUUUCAAAAAUGAAUGAUCGUCUUUCAUUUAGGUUUUCAAAAAUAUGAAAAAAUGAGGCUCUCAUAAGCUAAAUUUUUAUUGAUUUGAAGUUUUUACAGUGCAAAGCUCAAAAGUGUGAACCCAGUUAAUUUAUUUAUAUAUUUUUGCUAUAUCUGAACUACUUUCAAGCCAAAUAUAWUCUAUUCUAGCUAUUUUACAACUCAAAUUUCCAUUUAAGGAUUCGUGAAAGAUUACUUCACAGUGAGUAAUGGGGACAUUUAUGCUUGAAAAGUGAUUUAUCAGAUAUAGGGAAAGAAUGUGAUAGACUACCGUGCAGGAUCUUUUUUGGCUUUUUCCCUAUCUGGGCUCCCUGUGGAAAGAGCGUMGGACUUCGACAACACGAAAGACGUUCAAGGAACUUUUUUCUUUGUAGUGGCGGAAGGGWUGGUUGGGCUGUAAACUGGAGAAGGAGCAGAAGUUAGAAUCUUCGGUAAAACAGUAUGAAGGUAGAAAGCAUUACAAUAUAAACUAAGUUAUAGUUUUUUUUAAAACUCUGCAAUGACAGAAAAGUUUUGUAAAUGUAAUUUAUUUUUUUUCUUACUGUGAAUUCGAGGGAAAUAAAUUGUUGGAAUGUUUUAAUACA